CCUGCGCCUCACCUGCGCCUUUCGGUUCUAACUGUUUACCUCUCCCAUCCCAGCGCUGCUGUUGCGGUGGCAAGCUGGACGCAAACCACCAUCCACAGCUUUAGCUGGAGAAAUACUAAUGUAAGCUGUCUGGCGUCCAAUCCUUCGCGGAUUUUCUGCAGCUCUGUGUGUUCGUACCACUGUGGCGAAGCGGUUGUGAUGAAUAAGGAAAUCAUGUCGCGUGUGGUGAAGAAGAGGCAGGCGGAUCCUAAGGUGGUCCAGUACGUGUGGGCGGCCAUUGAGGUCAUUCGCAACCAGAAACAAAUCGCAAACAUGGACCGGAUCUCCAAGUACCUGAGCCGUGUGUUUGGCAUGCACCCAAAGGAGACUGCCAGACAGCUGAGCCUGGCCGUGAAGGACGGCCUGGUGGUGGAGACCCUGACUGUUGGCUGCAAGGGCUCCAAGGCCGGCAUCGAGCAGGAGGGCUACUGGCUGCCUGGAGAUGAGAUGGAGCCGAAAGCUGAGGGAAGCAAGGUUAGCAGUCAGGCAGAGGACAGACCGGAGUCUGAGUGCGAGAAACACGAUGAAGCAGUUGUUAGGAGGCCAGUUCUCCCUCCGCAGGAUUGGGAGGCGGAGAGCCAUGACUGGUACUGCUUUGAAUGUCACCUACCGGGCGACGUCCUCCCAUGCGACAACUGCUUUCGAGUUUAUCAUCUCAAAUGUCUGUCAGAGGAGUGCAAACCCAGAGAUGGAGGGUCCCACUGGCAGUGUUUUGUCUGCAGGGGGAGUAAAAAGAAGAACCUGAACAAACAGGAGAUGUGUAAAUACCUGCGCUUCAUUGUCCAGCGUAUGAAGGAGAGGGCAGUGGACCUGAACAAAAAAGGCAAAGACACUAAACACCCCAUGUACAGACGACUGAUCCACACUGCACUGGACGUCACCAACAUCCAAGAGAAUCUGUCUGAAGGAAAGUACAAGAGCUUCGAUGAGUUCAAAGCAGACGCACAGCUGAUCGUUCACAACACGGCCAUCUUGUAUGGAGUUCACAGUGACCAGGCAGAGAUCGCUCGGUUGCUGUUCAGCGAUACGUGCCACGAGCUGAAUGAGUUGUUGUUGUGCAAAAACUGUUUUUACCUGUCCAACGCCCGGCCAGACAACUGGUUCUGUUACCCCUGUAGUCCCAGUCAUGACCUGGUCUGGGCCAAGAUGAAGGGUUUUGGUUACUGGCCAGCCAAAGUCCUACAGAGGGAGGACAACCAGGUGGACGUACGUUUCUUUGGACACCAGCACCAGAGGGCGUGGAUCCCAUCAGAAAACAUCCAGGACAUCAAGGUGAGCAUCCAGCAGCUGCAAGUGAAGCGCAGCAACGGCUGGAAGAAGGCGUGUGACGAGCUGGAGGUGUACCAGCGCUUCCUGAGGGAGGGACGCCUCUGGAAAACAAAGAUGGAGGACAUCCCCCAACCACACCAACAGAACCAGAGGCAGCAAGAGGACGGCAGCGGGAGGACGGACAGGCUGGAGAGGACAGAUGAAGCAGAAUCCAGCAUCUCCUCCACCAGCAACGAGCAGGUCCGCCAUCUCAAAGGCAGCCAGGAGCCCAAGGCGAAGAAAAGCCGUCGGACUCAAAUUAUCGAACCCAAAGAGGAAGCAAGUGACCCAGAGCCAGAGAUGGAGGCCGUCAGCUCCAGCCAGGAGAUCCCCGUGUCCUCGGCGCCCCAGCAGCCAGAGAAGCUGUCGGUGUCCACGCAGACCAAGAAGGCGAGCGGAGGGUCGCCGCGUACGCUGCACCGCGGAACCCAGACCAACAGCGACGGCGCCUGCCAGAACAUGUGCCACGAGAAGUAUACAAAGGUCUUCAAUGACGUGAAGGAGAUGAUGAAGGCUGACAACCAGAGGGAGACGGAGAGGGUCGUCAGGGAAGCUCUGGAGAAGCUCCGUGCAGAGAUGGAGGAGGAGAAGCGGCAAGCAGUGAGUAAGGCAGUGGCCGGAGCUCAGGCGGAGAUGGAGAGGAAGAGCAAGCAGGUGAAGGACAAGUGUAAAGAAGAGCUGUUGGAGGAGGUGAAGAAGCUGAUGGCCCAGCACAAACAACUCAUCUCCCAGACUAAGAAGAAGCAGUGGUGUUAUAAUUGUGAAGAGGAGGCCAUGUACCACUGCUGCUGGAACACCUCAUACUGCUCCAUCAAGUGUCAGCAGGAGCACUGGCACGCCGAUCACAAACGAACCUGCCGGAGGAAGAGAUGAACAAGCCCCGCCCUCCCUCCCCCAUCCUGCUCCGGUCUCACACAGCACGUCGUCAGCUCUCGUCCUCCUCCUCCUCUUCAUCCUGUCAGUCAGUCUGCAGCACACACACACUCUUCCCUCCUGCUUCUCCACUUGCCUUCCUAAAAACUUUGCGGACUCUGUUUUUGUUUUGUGUGGCGAGCAAUUUGUUCCUCUCCUUUUUUUUUUUUAUUCUAUUUAAUUUACCCACUGUAUGAAUUUUUUUUCUCCUUGUGGUUUAUUUGGGUUUUUUUUUAAAUCGUGACCAUCCUGCUCCUGAGCAUGGCUCGGAUGCAGAGUUAUGGUAUGAUUUUUCUAUAUUUUUUUUUGUUUGAAGUGCUGAUUUUGUGUCAGAGAUUGUGUUAUUUAAGUGUGUAGGAACAAACAUUUUAUUACCUGAAUUUUUUAAAAAAAAGUUUUUCUUACUGUAAAUGUUACAAACACCAUGGAUCUCACAAAAAACCCAGAAACAUACCGCAACUUCAACUCGUUCUGCUUUCAUAGCGAAAACCAGAUAAAAAAAAAAAAAAAGAAAGCAAGAAAACUGGAAAAAACUGCGUAGCAUACUGAAUUUUCACAAAUCUGUUUGAUGAAUUGCACCUUUUCUUAAAAAAAAUAAAAAUUCUACCUAAAAUCUUCAAGUCGCUCAUUGGGAACAGGGUCAGAAUGUCGGCCUUAAAAGAUGCCGACGGAGCAAAUCUUCCAUGUGUAAUGAUUAUCAUAAUUUAUAUAAUUAUGGAUUUGUUUGGUUUCCUUAUUGAGUUUUUAUGAGUAUGGUAUAAAAGUAAUUUUUUUCAUUUGCUCUAAAUUGAGGAAAUGUACAUUUUUCCUGUGCUGGAUCUUUGGGAGGUAACAACAUUUAACAUGGUUUAAAUUAUUACUUUUGCACAUUUCAUUUUUUUAACAAUCCAAAGGCUUGUAGUAUCGCCAAAAAAGGUUGCUCAUUUUCUAGUGUUUAUCUGAGAGGAGUCCUCCCAUCUGUCCGGCAUUUUCGUCAAACAUGAUGUAUAUUUUAGUCAUUUUUAUAGUGAUGUACACUCUGAAUUAAUCUUUUCUUUUUUUUAAAAAAAAAUCAGAAAUGAAUAGCUAAGACUUUCUCGCUGCGUAUGCUGUUGUUGGUGGUCAGUGCCUGUUUUUUUUCUCAUCCUCUUUACUUCCAUUGAGGCUCCAUGCAUGUUUUAUAGCUUCAUAGUUCGUUUUCUUUCAUUCAUUACAGUAAAAUAAAAGACCAGAUGCCCUCUGGUGUUGGAUAAGCGAUGAACCAGUAUCAAACAAUAUGCAAAAAUUAACGAUCAGUUAAUAAUUUUUUAGUUUAUCUUCCCCACGCUGGAUGUCUAGAGUUUGUGGUGUAUAAAUACAGUGCUUGGAUCCACAAAAGCUUUUUUUCUUUACUUUCCUCAGUUAUGACGAUCACCUGAACAGAGGAAAAUUAUUCACAAACUCUGAUAGUCAUGCUGCCUUUACAAAUAUUUCUAAUCAAUAUUUGGGAAAUGAAUGCAGUAAACUCAGAUAGUUACCAGAACUUUAAUUCAGCUCAACGUAGAUGUCAGAUUUUGCGUUAAUGUUUAGAAAACUUUCCUGCUGUCAAUGAGAAGUCAUUUCCUCCAUCUUGUAGCUAAUAUAUGCUGUGGGCAAAUUCUCCAUUACAUGCUGCAUAGCUGUUAGUUUAUAGUGACAGUUUUACGUUCUUAUACAGUCAGUCAGGUUUCCGUUCGCCUCUUGCCAGAAGUAAUUUCAAUUAGUAAGGAUGUUUUUGAAACACUCUUCUUCAGUGACAUUUGGUUACCAAGAAUUGUUCUUGAAUGAUUCACCUUCACCUACAUUUUUUAGUAGCUUCUAGCUUCCAUCUGUUUAUAGAUUUAAUUUAUUUAAUGACACAAAAUACUUAAAGUUUGACGUUUCUUUAUCUAACCAAUCUAGAGAUUCACGAUGAUUAAGCUGGAAAAAAAGCAGCAAAUUGACUUAAGAGGCUGUAAUGAAUCAUUUCAAGCCCUGCCUUGUCCCUCUCUGCUGUGCUUCAGCUCUGACUGCAAAGGAGGCUGUUAUGCAGGUGUAACCACGGUAACUGCACAAUAUAAACCUGUUACAAAUUCCUCUUUGUCUGAGAGAAACCUAAAGGAACACAGUGGAUUCUUGCAAAUGGCAGAAGAAAUACCAUCAGGAGACGAAGCUGAUUAAUCCAGAAAACCACAUCUUGAAUUUCAGAUUACAUUUUUCACCUUUUUAAAUUAGUUGAAAUGAUCAAUCAAUAAUGAGGUGUGACCUUUCUUCAUUUUUAUCAAUAUGCAAAAACUUUAAAGGUAAAGUUGUUUGAAAUUAAAGAUGGGGUGUAGGCAAAUUAAAUUAAAAACCCCUUAAAUUUAGGUUUGAAUGUCUUACCGUUAGAAUCUUAUUUGCAUUAUUUAUUUCAACCUUCCCAGAAUGGCAUGUUAUGUGGAAUCAUCUGGAAGAAUUCUGUAGGAGUUCCAGUUUAAUAAACACCUUUUUUUAAAGGAUUUUUGGGCUCUAGUAGCCUUUAUUUUAACAGUGGCUGGAGAGGGAAGGGUGGGUCUGAGGAAGUGGGGAAUGACCUGCAGCAACGGGCCCCAGGCUGGCAUUCUGUAGCCUCUGUACGUGGGGCGGCUGCUCAACCAGUUGAACUACACACCUCCCCAACGACACCUUGUUUUUGUUUUUUUAAGGAAAAGCUGCCAUCAGUCUGUUUUUCUUUUUUGCAACAAAUAUCAGUAAAAAAAAAUAUUUCCCAGUCUGCAGCUGGGCUUUGAUCACAAUUUCUGACUUUCUGACUCACAUUCAUAAGAUGUGAAUAAGAAACAUUGUCUGUGUAGAUGCUCUCCUGGGGUGUUUUUAUUUAGACUAUAUGGUCUCUUUUGUACCAAACUUCAUCUCCAAAGGCUCCCUGAGGCUUCCUGUUUUUGACUUUGCUGCCUCUUACACUCUGUUCUCAAAGACAAGCAAGCAUCUUUAUUUCUUUCUAAACCUAGAUUCCUUUUCUCUUGUCCCAGUUCCUCCCUCUUAGUGAGAGGAUAUAAGAAAUGUUCUCAUCAUUUUAAACUGUCAAGCCAAACGUUUGCUUUUAAUUGAUAUUAAAGUGUCACAGUCCUCAAAAAAUGUCCAUGUGCAUCCUUGCUCAUAGUUCCAACAAGUAGGGCUGUCACUUUUUUCUUCAAAUAGCAGUUUGAAUGACGAGAAACUUGAUCAGUAACUCAUUCAAAUCAAAAUAAUUGUUUUGGUGUGGAGACCAUUCAAAGUAGUUGGUCAUGUGAUCCAUCAGAUAGUGGUCUAGUAUCAGCUUGACAUAUGGUUCAAGCAAUCUCAAAGUUAAAUAAGUUAUAAUACGUUUGGUAUGUUGCCCCAAAAACUGAAUAAAUGAUCACAUAGAGCUCUCCUAAGAAGAUAAACACAAUAGCAAGACUCUGAGAAGGGAUGUUUGUUGGUAUUUUAGAUUUUACUAUGUAAAUGAAAGAGUAACAAACAUAAGCUGUCUUACUCUGACAAUUCAAUAUUUGGACUCAGCAGCUAGUUUACCGAGAAAGGAAACACACAAAUGAAUUAGUGUCAGUCCCUCGUGUGACUGCCUGCUGCUCAGCACAGUCUGCUACAGCAGGUCUGUUUGUAGUAAUGACAUGACCAGAAAGAAAACAUUUAAAGUAAGACUUGCAAAGGUUAGCAGUCCGUACAGUUUGUUUCUGGAGGGGGUUUGACUGCAGACUGACACACAGGAAAAACAUUGCAAUGAUACUAAUCAAACUUUAUUUAUAAAGUGUUUUUUAUGCCAAAGGCAACACAAAGUGCAUUACAUUAUAAAAAAGGAAGCAGUUCAUGCAUAUUAAAAUAAAACAAGUCUUUACACACCAAACUAGAUAACAUAGCAAUAACAAAACGAAAUACUCAGUCUCCUUCACAUAGUCGCACGCACACACAUGCAUACACACACAAAGCAGUUGCCCCUCCCCAUUGUGCACAAACAUGACUCUAAUUUCUGUCUCUAAACUGCAUGUAGGUAGGUAUAAAAUACUUAAAUUAAUGAACAUCUGGCUUAAUGCUGCUGUGAGGAAGCGAUAGCAUGGGGGUCUGUCCACACGGGGGGGAGGAACCCAGACCAAGCAGGCCCAGUGUGGUCGAUCCCCAUGAGGAGAACACCAGAGUUAAAACAAAGAUUAAAUAACCUUAAACAAUAAGAACUAAAAGCAGCAAUAAUAAAAACACACAUAAAGGACUUCAUAAAAUAAUGUGCUAAAAAGUAAUAAAACUGAAUAAAAUGAAAAUGACAAAAUUGUAUAAAAUAAGAUCAAAUAAAAUGCAGUUAAUAUAAGAAAUUCGGUCUUGUGCCUCUCGUUUUAAAAACAAGUCUUUGCAGCCCUGAGGUUCUCUUGCAGGCUGUUUCACAGACGAGGACCGUAAUAAUGAAAAGAGGCCUCAUCGUAUGUUUUGGUUCUCACUUUAGAAACAACUAAAAGCAGAAUAAACACGUCUGUUUUCUGUGACCUUCAUGUCUCACUGUCGGAUUUAUGGGAACUUGAUGAUGUAUUUUGUACUAAUAACCUGAGAAGAAGGUGGGAAAUAAUUGAAUGUGUUCAUUAAAACACGAUUUCAUAAAAAAGUGACAUCCCUGUCGUCAAUAGCAUGGUCUAUAGUCGGAGGAUUUUAUGCAUCAGGACAGUCCUUCGGGGGUCUUUUGUGAUGUUGCAUCUUAUAAACGCAGCUGUUAAGGAUGCUUGUUUGACUUUACGAAGCAGAAAUACUUUUUUUUUUUUUUGUGAAUCUCUGGAUUUCAUGUGCUCGUCAUGGUCACAGUUCUCUUCUGCCGGCUUUCUGAAAGUCAAAAGUGCCGUUGUGUUCUUUUUAUCAUUGCACUACAUGUAAAUAUGUCACUCUGUCAAUAAACCCUCCUUCGUCAUAUAAGCACAUUGUAAAUUCAUUUUUUUCUCAUUGAUCUGGAUGACUGUUAGUUCUAGUUUUGUACCAUGUACAGCUGUUGUCAUAUCAAGCUUUUGUGUCAUUUUCAGUGUUUUUUCCAGUUUGGUUUCAUUUCUAACACCCCACAGCUUCAAUGUGUUGAAACAUUUCGUUUUUCUGGGGCGUCGUGUUUAUUGAAAGGAGAAUGUUUUGUUACACGUGCAGCCUGUAAGGCUGCAGCUUCUUUCUCCCAGCUGUUUGUAUAUCAGUCCUCCCAGUCCAAACAUUUUGUGUCUUUUUUAUUUUCAUCUGUCAAACAUUUGGAUGUCAUUCCACCAUCUCUGGUUUUUACCUGCAUGAGUAAAAGGUGUCUCCCCAGCUCCUUAUUUUUGUUUGGUUUCUUUACCUUCAUGCGAACUGUUAAAGACGUAGUUCCACUCAGUGAUGCAAUAUGACAAUAUGUUUAUUGGAUUUUUAAUUAAGCGUCUGAGCUUUACACACGUGAGGCUGUUAUCAGCUGGAAAAAGGCAGUAAAUCGAUGAGAGGGUCAACCCAUAACUGGACUUUUCACUGCUAUUAUUCCAGGAUGUUUUGGUAUAUAAUACUGUGUGAGUACUACAUAAUUCCCUCUUGUACUUUAAGUACAUUUAACAGGAAUAAAAUCAGUAUAAAGGUUCAUUUGUUAUUUUUUUUGUAGGUCAUGAUUUUCUUCUCUGUCCACAUGUAAACCAUUAAUCGUGUCCACAUUUUUUAUGCUCCCAUUUUUUUGACACUUUAGCUAGCAAUAUGUAUAUAAAUAUAUUCUAUGUGCUAACAUGGAGGAAAUAAAUGUAUCAACAAGU